UGUGCCUUGUGCCUCCCCCCGCCUCCCGCCGCCCGGCCCUCCUCCGGGCAGAAGGGGAGGAGGAGGAGGGCGAGCGGUGGGAGGGUCUCCAUUGAAAUAAACAAGCAGGCAGUUAUUAAAACGGGAACAUGGCGGCCGCAGCCCCAGCUUCAGCUUCAUCUUACAAAGCGAAGGUCAGCGCCGGCAGCGGCCGCGGCGGGAGGCGACAUUGACCCCGCACACUUGAUAUGUAUCGGAGUGCUGGGGCCCCCCAUACAAGCAGUCUAUAGAACUCCUUGCCCACCUUGCUGAGUCUCGGACCCCUGCUUCGCCACGCGCAGGAUGGACCUGCUCUGGGGAUGAGCCUGGUGCCCGCGGGGCGAAGGCUGUUCUCCGUGGUGGCCCAGCCUCGCUGACAGCAGGAGCCGUACGGAUGCUUUGCGUGGCUGCGUGCUGCCCUGGGGAUCGAGACUUUCUUCCUGGCCGUGCUACAGAGUUCCUGUGUGAUGCUAGCAAGCGUGGUGGAUGGGGGAUUUAUGUACGUCUUGAUCUGAAGACGCAGAAAAGCUAGUGAGAUCUGCCUUGAGCUGCAAGGGCUGGAAGACGACAAGUUGCUGAUAUGUGUUCAAGAUGAGUGGGAUGGGAGAAAAUACCUCUGACCCAUCCAGGGCAGAGUCAAGAAAGCGCAAGGAUCCUGAUCAGCUUGGACCCAGCCCUAAAAGAAGCACUGAGAAACGCAAUCGUGAGCAAGAGAAUAAAUACAUAGAAGAACUUGCAGAGCUGAUUUUUGCAAAUUUUAAUGAUAUUGACAACUUUAACUUUAAACCUGACAAAUGUGCAAUCUUGAAAGAAACUGUGAAGCAAAUUCGUCAGAUAAAAGAACAAGAAAAAGCAGCAGCAGCUAAUGAAGAUGAAGUGCAAAAAGCAGAUGUGUCAUCCACGGGUCAGAGUGUCAUCGACAAGGAUGCACUUGGACCAAUGAUGCUUGAGGCCCUGGAUGGGUUCUUCUUUGUAGUGAACCCAGAAGGUAAUGUUGUGUUUGUUUCGGAGAAUGUGACGCAGUACCUAAGGUACAACCAAGAAGAGCUGAUGAACACAAGCAUAUAUAACAUCCUGCAUGUAGGGGACCACAAUGAAUUUGUUAAAAUCCUACUGCCAAAAUCUUUAGUGAAUGGGGGAUCUUGGUCUGGUGACACUCCUAGGCGUAAUAGCCAUACCUUCAACUGUCGGAUGCUGGUAAAACCGCUUGCUGAUUCUGAAGAAGGCCAUGAUAACCAGGAAGCACAUCAGAAAUACGAAACUAUGCAGUGCUUUGCUGUUUCUCAACCAAAUUCCUUCAAGGAGGACGGUGAAGAUUUGCAGUCUUGCUUGAUUUGUGUUGCAAGAAGAGCUCCAGUGAAGGAAAGAUCACUUCUUCCUUCAUCAGAGAGUUUUACUACUCGCCAGGAUCUACAAGGCAAAAUAACUUCACUGGACACUAGUAGCAUGAGAGCAGCUAUGAAACCUGGCUGGGAGGAUUUGGUGAGAAGAUGUAUUCAGAGGUUCCAUUCGCAGCAUGAGGGAGAAAUAUCUUUUGCCAAGAGGCAUCACCAGGAAGUGCUGAGGCAGGGACUAGCAUUUAGUCCUGUUUAUCGGUUUUCCUUGUCUGAUGGCACCAUAGUUUCUGCCCAAACGAAGAGCAAACUCAUCCGUUCUCAGACUACUAGUGAACCUCAGCUUGUCAUCUCCUUGCAUAUGCUUCACAGAGAGCAGAAUGUCUGUGGAAUGAAUCAGGAUUUGACUGGACAAGGAAUGGGAAAGAUCUUGAACCCAAUUAGCUCCAGCAGCCCUGCUCAUCAGGCCAUGUGCAGUGGGAACCCAGGUCAGGAUAUGACCAUCAGUAGCAAUAUAAAUUUUGCCAUAAAUGGCCCAAAGGAACAAAUGGGCAUGCCAGCAGGCAGAUUUGGUGGUUCAGGGGGAAUGAACCAUGUGUCAAGCAUCCAAGCAUCCACUCCUCAGGGUAGUAACUAUGCACUAAAAAUGAAUAGCCCCUCUCAAAGCAGCCCUGGCAUGAACCCAGGGCAGCCAAACUCUAUGCUUUCCCCAAGGCAUCGCGUGAGCCCUGGAGUGGCAGGCAGUCCUCGAAUCCCACCUAGUCAGUUCUCCCCUGCAGGAAGCUUGCAUUCACCCGUGGGAGUUUGCAGCAGCACAGGAAAUAGCCAUAAUUACACCAACAGUUCCCUGAAUGCCCUUCAGGCCCUCAGUGAGGGCCAUGGAGUUUCUCUAGGAUCAUCGUUGGCUUCACCUGACCUAAAAAUGGGAAAUUUACAAAAUUCCCCUGUGAAUAUGAACCCUCCCCAGUUAAGCAAGAUGGGAAGCCUGGACUCUAAAGACUGCUUUGGACUCUAUGGGGAGCAAUCAGAAGGUACAACUGGACAAACAGAGAGCAGCUGCCAUUCAGGAGAACAGAAAGAUAACAGUGAGAGCAGCGUGCCACCAGUAGUGAGUGGCGAGAGACCUGAUGGACAGAAUAAGCUGCAUGAUGGAAAAAGCCAGACAAAGCUCUUACAGUUGCUGACCACCAAAUCGGAUCAGAUGGAGCCUUCGCCUUUGUCCAGUACCAUGGGAGAUAUCAGCAAGGACUCCACGGGAGGGUUGCCUGGGUCUGGUUCGGCACAUGGAACCUCACUCAAGGAGAAGCAUAAAAUUUUGCACAGACUAUUGCAGGACAGUAGUUCUCCUGUAGAUUUGGCCAAGCUCACAGCAGAGGCCACAGGAAAAGAACUGAACCAGGAGUCCAGUAGCACAGCUCCUGGUUCAGAGGUGACUGUUAAACAGGAGCCAGUGAGUCCUAAGAAGAAUAAUAAUGCACUACUUCGUUACUUGCUAGAUAAAGAUGAUACUAAAGAUAUUGGUUUACCAGACAUACCCCCAAAACUGGAGCGGUUGGACAGUAAGACAGACCCUUCCGGUAGCACAAAGUUAAUACCUAUGAGGACGGAAAAAGAAGAGAUAAGCUUUGAGCCUAAUGAACAGCCAGGCAGCGAGUUGGAUAACUUGGAGGAGAUCCUGGAUGACCUGCAGAACAGCCAGCUACCGCAGCUUUUCCCAGAGAGCCGCCCAGGCGCGCCGGCAGGCUCGGUCGACAAGCAAGCCAUCAUCAAUGACCUCAUGCAGCUCACCAGUGACAGCAGCCCCGGCACGGCUGUGGCCACCCAGAAACCAGCAAUGAGGAUUUCACAGAGCACUUUUAAUAACCCACGAGCAGGGCAACUGGGCAGGUUAUUACCAAACCAGAAUUUACCACUUGACAUCACACUGCAGAACCCAACAGGUGCAGGAGCCUUCCCACCCAUAAGGACGAGUAGCCCAUAUUCAGUGAUACCUCAGCCAGGACUGAUGGGCAGGAAUGAAGGGAUGAUAGGAAGUCAAGGAGCUUUAGGAAACAGUAGCACAGGGAUGAUCAGUGGUAGUGCCCCGCGACCUGCCAUGACAUCUGGAGAGUGGGGAAGCCAGGCUUCUGCUGUGAGGGUGACAUGCGCGCCCACCGCUAGCGCCAUGAACAGGCCGGUGCAGGCGGGCCUGAUCCGCAACCCCACAGCCAGCAUCCCCUUGAGACCCAGCAGCCAGCCCGGCCCAAGGCAGAUGCUUCCAUCUCAGGUCAUGAAUAUGGGGCCAUCCGAAUUGGAGAUGAACAUAGGAGGACCUCAGUAUAGCCAACAGCAGGCUCCUCCAAAUCAGACUGCACCAUGGCCAGACAGCAUCUUGCCUAUAGACCAGGCAACAUUUGGUGGUCAGAACAGGCAACCGUUUGGCAGCUCACCAGACGAUCUCUUGUGUAAUCAUCCUUCAUCAGAAUCACCAAGUGAUGAGGGUGCUCUCCUGGAUCAGCUUUAUAUGGCAUUAAGGAAUUUUGAUGGCUUAGAAGAAAUCGACAGGGCUCUGGGAAUACCAGAACUCGUUAGCCAGAGCCAGGCUGUGGACCCAGAGACCUUCCCCGGCCAGGACUCGAGCAUGCUGUUGGAACAGAAGGCUCAGGUUUUCUCCCAGCAGUACACAGCUCAGGCUCAGAUGGCUCAGGGCAGCUACGCACCCAUGCAGGACCCCAGCUUCCACCCUAUGGGGCAGCGCCCCGGCUACGCCGCCCUGCGCAUGCAACCCCGGCCUGGCCUGCGGCCCGCCAGCAUCAUCCAGAGCCAGCCCAACCAGCUGCGGCUCCAGCUGCAGCACCGUCUCCAGGCACAGCAGAAUCGGCAGCCACUGAUAAAUCAGAUCAGCAGUGUCUCCAAUAUGAACCUGUCUUUGAGGCCUGGGGUGCCGACGCAGGGCCCCAUCAACGCACAGAUGCUGGCGCAGAGGCAACGGGAGAUCCUGAGCCAGCACCUGCGGCAGCGGCAGAUGCAGCAGCAGCAGCAGGUGCAGCAGCGGACGCUGAUGAUGCGUGGGCAGGGCUUGAGCAUGACCCCCAGCAUGGUGGCAACCGGGGGCAUACCAGCAACCAUGAGCAACCCACGGAUCCCGCAGGCAAACGCACAGCAGUUCCCAUUUCCUCCAAACUACGGAAUUAGUCAGCAGCCUGAUCCAGGCUUCACAGGGGCCACCACUCCUCAGAGUCCACUGAUGUCCCCAAGACUUGCUCACACGCAAAGCCCCAUGAUUCAGCAGACUCAGGCUAAUCCUGCCUAUCAGUCCUCUACAGAGAUGAAUGGGUGGGCACAAGGGAAUAUGGGUGGAAACAGCAUGUUUUCACAACAGUCCCCACCACAUUUUGGGCAGCAAGCAAGCACCAGCAUGUACAAUAAUAACAUGAACAUCAGUGUAUCCAUGGCAACCAACACAAGUGGUAUGAACAACAUGAACCAGAUGACAGGGCAGAUCAGCAUGACCUCAGCGACCUCUGUGCCUACAUCAGGGUUGUCCUCCAUGGGUCCUGAGCAGGUUAAUGAUCCUGCUAUGAGGGGAGGCAAUCUAUUUCCAAACCAGCUGCCUGGAAUGGAUAUGAUAAAGCAGGACGGAGAUGCAACACGGAAAUACUGCUGACCCUGAGGGCGGUGUGGUUGCUCCUUUCUCCAGCUGAGCGGGCGCCCGGCCCCACACCCCUCCCGGUUGGAGGAGCUGCACCCAUUUGUCGCGCCGCAGCCACGCCGGCACCCAGUGCCACUGGGCCCAGCCCUGCCCUCUGCGGGGCCUCGUCGCCGGAAGCAGCCUCCUCUUCGACAGUCUGAGGCUAUAGCGUACAGACAUUGCUCAGUCUGUUCACUGCAUUCACCUUAGUGCAACUUAGAUCUCUCCUGCGAAGUAAAUGUUGACAGGCAGUUUUCAUAAACCAUGUCGGAUUGAAUGUAUUUAAAUGUAUGUAUUUAAGGAAAAAACAACCAUGCUCUUGUUCUGUUUCUGUUUAGUUCUAGACCUUGGUUUUUGGCUUUGUUUUCCCUGGCUUACUCAUUCUGGUGCAAAGGAUUCCGUUCUGUCUGAAUACUGGUGUUUUAGACUAAGGCCUGCGUUUUGGGGCGGCGAGUGCGCGAGGAGAGUCGGGACACGGUGCCCGGUGCACGCAGGCCUCCGAGGGCCCCUCCCGCUGCCGGCACGUCGGAGAGGACGGACCGAUGGAGAAAACUGCACCGAGCAAUUCCGGAUGGGAUAGAGCUGUGUGAGGGAUGAAAACUAUCCUGUGAGAGGGCUGUUGAUAAGGGGCGCUUCGGUUGGGUUUUUUAGUAACACUUUUAAUGCAAAGUCAUGAGUCCAAAAAGACACGUUUGCUACAUUCUUAUUUAAUUAAAUUCCUAACGAUCAGCAAAUCCUGAUUUUUUAAGUGGCUCUCUGUCAUCUUCCUCUUCCUUCUAACAAUGAAAAAACAAGUUACCCCCUCUAUUUCCGUAGGUGUGUUUCCAGCAAUCUGGACGGCAAGUUAGGGUUGCUGAGCAGCGACGUUCAAUGAUAAUGCAUGUACUGAUUAUGGUAGUGGCAGAAUUGGUGCAUAGUAUCAAAGAGCUAAAGAUACCUGCUUUGAGGCAUGAUCAUUUCUGGUUCCCAUCCCCUCAGCCGGGGGAAUAACGAUUCAUGUAAUACCGGUCGCAGAUAUCACUACAGACUUCACCACUAUCGUGUGUUUCUGGUUAUUUUAAAGCGGUGUGGACUAUGAGGACGUUUUGUAGGGUACAUAAAAUCCAGUUUAUAUGUAAACGAGCAAUAAUUUAAGUUGAAAACUUAAGUGUUUUACUUGUAUAAUUUUUGUGAGAUAUACAUGUUGUGAAGUUGAUUCCAAAUGAGGUACUUCAGUAUUAAAUUAGAUAUCUUCUUAGCCGUGUGUGUCUCCUGGAAAAGUGUUUUGUAAAGAAUCACAAUGCCUUGAUUAGCCCUAAUUUGUAGGCUUGAGACUUCUCAUUUUCUAAACCUUGUGAUUCUGCUCAUAAUGUCAUUUAUCUAACCUAUAUUAUAUGCAGCCACUGUAGGAACCGAUUCUUGAUUUUUGUAUGUUUAUAUUCUUUCGUAACAAAUCUUAGACAAACUAACUGUUACUAAGCAGGCCACUGUUAGGGUGUUGUUGUUUUUCUUGCCCACUGUGGUUGGAAUAAUCUUUUACUAAGCCGACAUCAGUUUCUGAGGACUGGAAAUAUUGAGAAAUUGAUGUUUUUGACCUCUGUUUUCUUUCCCCUACCCCCUUGCCCGCAAACUUUCUAACCUGAGUGCAAGUUUUUUGAUGUCAUGUAAAAUGCAAGGCAUUUUAUAAUGUCUCAUCAGCUAUGCCUUUUGGGAGUAAAAGGUUUGUUCUGUUGCCGUUUAAUCCAUUUUGUUUUAUUUUUCAGGUGGGUGUGAAAAUAGACGUUAUUCCGUAUUGAGGCUGAGGGAAAUAUGAUAAAGGUGGUUUGAAAUAGGUUGUUUCUCUAGAAGGUUUGAAAUAGGUUGUUUCCUUAAUAUGAACGUCAAGGAAACGUUACGGUGCUGUCGUUUUCUAAGGAGGGCAGUGCCAUGAUUCUGGGCAAACAACGCUUGUCAGCAAUCACCAUUUUGGUGUCAUACUCAGAAAGAAUAUUGGGCCAGCUGAACCAUCCUUCUGUGUUCUGACGGAAAGCCAAACUAGCCGUCAGCCCUGAGAUCCACAGCCUCAUUGUUACACCAACAUUUGUGUUAAACGUGCGUUAUGUAUCUGACAAGUUGUUAUUUGUACGAGGAAUGUCUAAGUCUGAAUGAAUCAACUUCAUGCAACACAAAGCGCAGACGAGUUUUAAAAUAAUUGCAUUGCAUUCUUUUUCAAUUGUGAACCGUAACCUCUUCAGAUAGAUUAUUCUUUUUCACAGUGGACAAGUGGAAAUUUGUCCCGUUUCGUGACAGACCUGCAAAGCCCUCUCAUCGAUAGUGAUUGUGAUGCUCCAUCAUCCAUUGCCAUUUUGAAAGGAAGGAGGUUGUACCUAUCCCUUUGGCUCCGUUUGGGUUCAUUGUGACUUUGUUGUCUUCUGACUAAAGAAAAAGAAAAGUGAGUGAAGGAAUCUUCUGAUCAUAUUGAUCACUAUAGAAACAAAAAAGCCAAAUCAGUUCCCUUCAUUAUCAGUAUUUUUCAUCGUGUAUACAGUAAAUUUGUCGGAGAAAGUACUAGGAUUUUGUUUAACGGAACAAGUAAUCAGUGUUCUACUUACAUUACUAAAUGUGAAAGGCGCAUAAUGUGAAAAAUAAGCAUAUAUACACGGUCAUACGACCUGGUUAAGUGUUCAUGUAAUGUGGUAAGUUUAAAAAGUGAAGUGAGCUGUUUUGCUACAAUGAAUUAAUUUGUACUCAAUCUUGAAAAUAUUGUCCCACACCGGUAUCCCUUUGGGCCUAUUAAUUGAAAGCAAUGUUUUUGCAGUUUAUACAAUACAUUUUUUAAUCUUUAUUGAAAAACGGAAUUCAUAUGGGCUUAGCAGAUGAAAUGGGUGGCACAGCUCCACUCGCGGAACCCAAAGAUACACAAUCAGUUUUGAAAUGCAACUUAAGCCAUUAAUUGUUGGUGUGAAUUUAAAAGUUUUCUAGUAUUUGUAUGGUAGUAUGCUGCCUAAGAGCAAAAGCAUUCUCUGCACAAAAGAAAAUUUACUGUAGUGGCUUUGAUUUUAAUUAGAAUUUUCUCCCUGGUGUUUCUUUGUAGACUAAAACAAAAUCUUUUAAGUUUCUUACUACAGGUAAAAGCUAUGUGCAAGAACCUCAAAAUGCUAAAAUCUAGCAUAAUGCCUUAGAUCUGUUUUUAAGUAUUGUAUAUUCCUACAUAGCUGUCUGAUGUAUUAUAUUUGUAUAGUGAAUUGUGUACAAUUUUGGAAUAAGUGCAUCAUCACUUAAUCUUUAUGUUGUUCAAUAGAGAUGAUGGACACGUUUCUUCAAACAUUUACUGUCAUUUGAUUUCUCCCUUUAUGUCAUUUGUGGGUUUUAUUUGUACAGUUCAUCAUGAAGUUGCAUCUGAGAUGUGUGUAUAUGAAAAGAUUAUACAAGGGUAAAAUUAAGCAAUAUAUAAACUAUGGUUCUUCAGGAGAAAGCUUACAGUGUUUCAGGUUGUGAUUUAUUUUCAAAGCGGAGUUAACUCUGAACAUCACUUUGUUCACCUGCAUUGAUGUUUGUAUUUCUAGUGUGAGCAGUUUAUGCAAAGGUAGAUAUAUUCAGAGAAAUUUUAAAUACAUUUAUGCAAGUUAAUAUUGCUUUGCCAAUGCUAUUUGCUUAUUUGAUGUUAAAUAAUGCUAUUGUAAAUAAAGAAUUCUGUUGUUAUUGCAUCAUUUAAUAAAUUUUAAUGCCUUCGGGUUUUACAUGGCUUUAGAGA